AUGGACAUGGUCAUGGAUAUGGUGGAUGACCUUAUUGGGCUUGUGUUUAAGAUUAUUAGGUUAGGAUUCAUUGGGGUUGUUGUACUGUAUAAUUUGUGGGCAGAUUUUGAAAGUAGAAUAGAUUUCUUGAGGAAGGAAACUAGGUGGAGGGGUCAAAAAGCAAGCGUUUUAAAAGGUUAUAAGCUAUGGUAUGUAGGUUUGGAUGGAAAGCGAAGUGGAGUCGGUAUUCUUGUAGCUAAUGAUAUCCUAAAGCAAGCGGUAGAAGUUAGGAGGUGCAAUGAUGGGAUUAUGCUAGUUAGAAUAAUAGUGGGAGAAGAGGUCAUAUCGAUCAUUAGUGCGUAUGGGCCGCAAGUUGGGCUAGAUGAGGAAGUGAAACGUGAAUUUUUGGAUAACCUAGGUGACCUUAAAGAUACCAUCCCUGCCGAUGAAAAAGUUUUUAUAGGUGGAGACUUCAAUGGACACAUUGGUAAGGAGACAAUUAACUAUAACUCAGUUCAUGGCGGGUUUGUUUAUGGUGUAAGGAACGAGAGUGGAGAGAUCUUGCUUGAGUUUGCAUUAGCAAAGGAGUUCAUUAUAGCAAACUCGAUCUUAGAAAGAAGGAUGAGCACUUGA